CUUUCAUCGAAUCGUGAGAGUUGUCUGGAAUACGCGCGACCAUUCCGUAUAACCUCUAAACUGCGUUGAAAGAGAAUAUAUAUUCAACACUAUAACUUUAAAUAAAUGAUCAAAACCACAACUAAAAUUCAAUCUUUUUGUAAUCUUAAAGAUUGAAAUUAUUUAAAAUAUUAUUUAUGAGAAUUAUUCAUUUGAUUGGUGAUUAAACAUAACAAAAAUAUAGAAAAUUUUUUUUGAUUACAUUAGUAUACAUAGUAAGUACUUUUGGGAGGAGAAAAGUCUGUGGUAAUUGUUAAUCCAAGAAUAUUUAUUUUUUUAUCAGAAAUUUUAUUUAUUAUUAUUUGUGAACAUGAAACCAAUAUUAAACAAAGAAUAAAAUUGAUGUUUCAUACAUAACAUAAGGACAUUAUUACAAUGAUAUGGCGGGAAACAAAUUUAUAAGUUGCAUAAAAAUCCAUUAUCAUAACCUAUAAUACAUGUAAGACGAAUUAAAACUGACAUUUUUAUGAUAAAAAUCAUAAAUAUUACUGUGUCGUACUGAUUAUUAUGAUUUUUUACAAAGAAUAAUUUCUUAUUGUUGUAGUCAGUGUAAAAAUGACAAAAGAAAGAUUUAUUACAAGAUCUAUUAUAACGACUAGACCAGCAGACAUGACCUUAAAUUUAGAUUGCUCAGAUGAGCCAUUAAGUGAAGCUCAAUUGAUUGCAAGAUCUAAAUUAAAAGAAAAUUAUGAUCGAGUAAUAGCAAGUUUGGAAGAAAUGAAAAAAGAACACGGUGCUCAAUUAAUAUCUCAAGUUGGUGGAGUGAGCGCCUAUCAGUAUAAACUGCCUAAUGUAACUCCAGCAAUUGUUAAGUCUAAUCAAUUAAGUUUAAGUCAAGCAAAAACUCAACCAAUUAAAUUGAACGUAUUAAAUAAUUCUAAUACAACUCAGGGUAAUAUACAAUUGGUUAUGGAUUCAAGAACUGCUGUUCUUCUUGGCACUGUUAAUCAGCAAUCACAAUCUGCUGGUAAUCAAAGUACAACAACAGUAAAUACAGCACAAAAAACAGUUGUAGCAACGACUGAAAACAAUCAGCAUGGAAGGGUUUUAAAGAGAAGUAAAGUUCUUCCAAUUCAACAACCUGAAAUUAUUGAAGAAGCAAUACAACCACCUACUUUAAGAGUUCGAAAUAAAUUAGCACCACCUCCAUCUGUCGUAGUCUCAUCGGCCUCAAAUAAUCCACAAAUUUUAACCAAUGUUAAAUUGCAUUCUAUUUCAAGACCUGUUCAACAGCAUGUAACUAAUUUGAAAGUUAGACCCACAGAACAAACAAGUAUUGGCGGAAUUACGGUUGGUAUUAAAAAUGCUAAAAAUUCAACCGAAGAUGAUGGUAAGAAAAAUCAACCAGAUGGAAGAGAGAUAGCUCUAAAUAAAAUAAAUGGAACUCGUACUUUUCCUUCUUUGGUUGUUUUCGCUCGUCCAGCUCUUAGUACAAAAAAUAUUACUACUCAAAUUGCAUCACAAGAACGUAAUGAUUUAGAUAUGAAAGUAAAAAGUGUAUUGAUGUAUUCUGCACAAAGAUUUGCCGAAUGGUUAAUUCAACAAGGACUUGUACGGUCAGAACAAUAUUGCAACCAACAUGGACCGGGUAAUAUGAGCGUGCAGACCAAACUGAAACUCGCAAUGUAUAGUGACACAGGAACAUUUCCUUAUUCUGGUGGAUAUGUCUGGAUAUCAAAUUGCUGUCCAGAACGGUUUGUUUCAGUAUUUUCAGGAUCGAUUUUUCAAGGAGCACCACAUACGCCAUCCGUUUUACUUAAGUUAGUAUAUCACUGGGCUUGUCAGACCAACGUACAAAAUAUUGUUUCAUGGGUUAAGGUUUCGAAUGUAUACGUAAAAAAUUUUUACACCAAUUUAAGAAGUAUUUGUACAGCAGCUGUAUGGGAUAAAAGUGAUUUAAUCGGUGGUAAAGGAUGUAAUGUUCAAGUAGGAGUAAUCAGCCUCGGGACUACAUCACACGAUGGCAAUACGCGUCAAGUUAAAGUUGAAGUUAUUGGAAUUUUGAAUGCAGAUACUGGUCAAUUAAGAUUAAGAGCUUGUGAUCCAAUUUAUGAUUCAGAUCGUUCAUUAAAAAAACGUUUUACUAAUAUACUCAGUCCACUUCAAGAUUGGGUACAUAAAGACUCUAGGAUUCUUACAGAUUUUACAGUUGAUAAAGGAACUUUGAUAGAUAUGGGAUUUACUAAUGUUUUUCAAUCUUCAUUUUGUGAUCUAAAUUCUCGAAAUAAUCGUAGCAACUAUCAAAUAAUGGACUAUUUACGUAAAAUUGUCCCUCGAAUGUUCCAGAAUACUUUAAGUCUUUUGAGUAGACAAAUGAUUCAACAAUUUCUUGAUGAACUCGUUUGGAGAGAAAUGUUCGGAUCUACUUCUGCACGUGCAUUUAACAAUAUUAUAAUUCAUAUUGCAGAGCAAACGAAAUUACGUUCAACUGAUUCCUUACUUGAUCGUCUAGCAAAAAUAGCCGCCAAUCCAUUUGUCGAUUGGUCUUAUACGAAAGAAAUACAUGUAAAUCGUUCAUCGUAUAGUGUUUCUCAACCAUCCACUAAAGAAAAUACUCAAAGUAUUCCAGAUUCAUCUUCAUCUGUUCCUUUACUCACAGUCAAUGAAAUGCUCCAAAUGAAACAGUAUCCCAAACGGAAACGAAAAAAAGGAAAUUUACCAUUAACUCCUGAAGAGCCUGAAGUAAAACGAAUCAGUCCAGAUUUAAAAGCCAAAGAUGAUAAAAAUGACCGAGUUUCACUCAGUGAAUUUUAUUACGCUACAGCUGAGGGCAAUGCAUUAUUGGUGGCUAAAGAAGAAAAACGUUCAAUUAAUUUCAAAUGUUUUUUGUGUUGUCAUACAAUGAAAUCAAAUACUGACGUAAUGCAGCAUAUGAUUAGCCAUGUGCCUCCUAGAGUUCCUGAUCAAUCUGGACCAACAUCUAGUAAAUCAAAUGUGUGUCGAUAUUGUUGUACACCAUUUUCUACUCAACAUCAAAUGCUGACACACAUUGAUGAAACUCAUAGUUCUUUUGGUAAGGGUGAUGGUGUAAUGGUUGUUUGUGGCAUUUGUGAGCAUAAAUUUGGAAAUGAUUCACUUUUAACUAAUCAUAUGUCUUUUGUUCAUCUUCCGUCUGAAAUGCCAUAUGUAUGUAGCUAUUGUGAGUAUAGGACAUCAAGUCAUAAAGAUGUUAUUGAUCACUAUUAUAAAAUUCACGAUAUGGGAGAAUCUCUUCAAUGUCCAUAUUGCUUAAAAUUAUUUAAGUAUAAUGACAAUGGUCAGCCAAAUAGUUCUAAUGUUUACGCUUAUUUAGUACACAUGCAAAGGCAUGUAGUCAGACGUGAACAAGGAAGAGGAAAUAAAUGUCCACGUUGUUGUUUGUGGUUUAAUCAAAAAAGUGCUGUGAAAAUACAUCAACAGAAAUAUCAUCAGUCAUGUAUAGGUUUCCCACAACUUCAACCGUACGUUACAUCUGAGAAAAAUAUCACCAUUUUAAAAUCUCAACAUCAAUUGAAACGUUUAAUUGUGAACAGUCCUACACCAGAAUCCCUGCCAGUAGAUGAAUAUUUUAGUAAAUGGCCUACAGGACCACUAACAAUACAUGCUUCUGACAGUUUAUCUUGUGCAGAAUGUGAAGAGGAUAUUGGACAGCAAGAACAUUAUCCUGGGGAACAAAAAUGUACACAGUGCAGUUAUAUUACUUGUUGCUGGAGAGCUUUUAAAGAACAUCAACAGCAGAUUCAUAACGAAAGACCGAUGACUAGUUUAAUUGUUCCAUCCCCUCUCGUAAAUAUUCCACUUGACAAAAAAAUGAGUUGCUCUUGUGGAUAUUCAACUGUUGAUGGCGUUUCAUUGGCGGCACAUUUGGUAAAAUGUAAUAAAUCAACUGCAUAUCCAGUACGUGGGAGUAAAACCACUGGAAUGUUAGAUAGCUUAGGACUCAUGCCGAAAAAUGCAUUAUAACACAUUCAAACCCAUUAUUAUGAAAUAAAACAAAGGCUGUAUUAAUUCGUACAUUCAAAAUUAAAUGAAUUUUUCUACAAU